AAUUUCGUUUUUAACACUAUAUGUAACCUAUUUUAAUAUGUACCUUUUUUAUGAAUGAAUUGAUAUUUCUUUGUUGUACUACAUAGCAAACAUAACUUCUUUUUUUACUUCUCAUGCCUAAGUCAUUUCAUUCCUGGGUCCGCUCCGGUCCUGACUCAUCAUCAAUCUAUAUAACACACGAUUUUACUGAGCGUAGCCAUUUCGACCUGGACUUUGCUCCAGCCUGGAGACUAUACUCACUAACUUUCACAAAAAAAACUUUUUUCAGCCUUUGUUCCCAUUUUGGUUGUGCUUUUAAUCUGUGGUGCAUAUUUAAAAAGUGUUUUUGCAGCGCGAGGACUUUCAUAGUGAAGAGAUAAUUCGCUCAGAUUGAAUCUCUACAGUAUUAGUAGCCACUAAAUAUGUAUCAAAUAGUUCUUUACUUCGCCGCUGCGGCGCUGCUGUGCACAGGAACCCUCUCAUCCAACAUCAACAGGCAUCUCAAGUUAUUAGACUUCGAAAAUAAUAUUGAACCAAAUACCUCUCCCACAAAGCAGCCGGGUGUUCUACGCUUCCUGUCGCUAGAACGCAAGCCGAACGCUGCGUACGCGCACACUACGGGAGUACUGCUGCCCCUGACCUGCGAGGCGAUAGGCUCCCCAGCACCAACGAUACGCUGGUUCAAAAACAACUCGCCGGUGUAUGAGCACGAUACAGAAUCGAAUGAGGUUAUAGAAAGCAAUCCAAAUUCGUUAGGACGGGUCACGUCAACGCUACUCGUAACACACAGCGACGGAUCGGAUGUAUACACGUGCUUAGCGUCUUCUGCCAGCAAAGUGGUGCGAGCCAACACAAUCGUAAGCAGUUCAGGUAAAACCACAGAUCCGACGGAGCGGUCUAAACUUCUGCCUCUAGAACCACGAAUUCUGGUUUCAUACAAAGCGUUCGUGGAUACGAUAGGGAAUGCCGUCGUGCUACCGUGCAAGGCGCGAGGGUACCCCAGGCCUGUCAUCUCGUGGAGGGAUAACAAUGGAGUCCUGGUCACGAAGAAUUCGAGGAUGAAGGUCCUCCGAUCAGGCGAGCUGGUGAUAUCCCCCCUACGCUGGAGCGACAUGGGCGAGUUCACCUGCCUCGCCGCCAACGUCUUCGGGAGCGGGUCCGCUUCUACGUUCUUGUAUCCAGCUGCUGGGUAGACCAACAACUUACUACAACCAAGCAUCAAUACUUAACCAUAAUGUUCCUGUUAAAAUAUAAGUUUCUAUACGUUAAGUGAUGUAUACACUGUGUUAAAAAAACGCUGCGUUUGUUCGGUCGACUGUUCUCGUACAUACCUAAUUUAUUUGUUUAAGCAAACAAAGUAUUAUUCAUUAUCUAAAAAGUAUCGAUUUUUGUUAUACUAUUUAAAUUUGUAUAAUUUACUUUUUGCUAAAGCUACAUAAGUAAGGCAUAGUAAAUACAAUAUAGGAGAUAUUUUAGGUAAUGUACCUCCAUAAAAUACAUCAAAUAAAAACUUGGCAGUGUAACUACAUAAUAAUAUUAACUUUACUGCAGUAUAAUAUUACUAAUUACAUAUUAACUAAGUACAUAAGUAUUAAUAGCAAAUAAUUAAAUAAGAGUAUGAAAAAACGCAGCGUUUUUUAUCACAUUUGUGUACUAAACCAACAAAAUCGAGUCUGCCUAUUUUUAUAUUAUUAUAUUUGUUGUAAUAUUUAAUAAAAUAAAGUAGCACUGUAACGUGUUAUGCCGAAUAUAACAAUGUAUUAUUACGAAUUAUUAAUAAUUAUUGUUAUUGUGAUCAUUUGAUUUAAUAAUACUGACUUUAAUUAUACUAUAGUAGACUGUGAUUCAAAUAGUUGGAUACGAGAAUUUAAAAUAAAUACAUCUAUACAGAAACACAUGUUUUUCAUUUAUAAUUAUUUUUGAAACUGAAUAUUAUUUAGCCGUUUCCUUUAAACUCCUACUACGCUCUAUUACUGGUAGGGAGCAAAAUGAAAGUUUUUCGUACUCUUACUGUAGGAGAAAGAGAGCUUCCUCAUAUGUCGGAUUUUUGGCAGCAAGUGUCUGAGCGAUAGACUUUCUCAAUGAAUAUAGCCACAGAAUAAAAAACUAGCUGCAAUUUUUCCUAAAUGAAGUAAGUAGUUAGUUACCUUUGUAAAUACUGCCACUGUCAAAGCAUUCCAUCAUUGUUACAAUAAUAAACAAAAGUAAUGCCUACCGCAUGGAUUAAUGAUACAAUCCAUCCAUGGCCUACCGAGAUAAAAUAUUCGACAGUGAAAAGACAACAUUAAACGCUACUUUGAGAGAAAAUGAGUUAUAUGUUACAUGUAUGUUACAGUUAAAACCCAUUUCUAGAUAGAACGCGUUUUCCCUAGUUAAAACUAGUUUUUACUAAAUGUUGCCUUUGUUAAAACUAAAAAUAACUAGUCAAAACUAGAAUUUACCACUGAUAUUUUUGAUUUUCAGAUAAAACUAGUUGUCACUCCGAGCUUUAGUUUAAACUAGCACUAGAGAAACUAAUUUGGGAUUGAAAACAAGAUAUAGUUUUAAAAUUAUUUAUUAAAAAGAUCUAGGACAUAGAAUCAUAUCGUCACUUGUAAUAUGAAAUACCAUAACCUCCAAAAGACAGUUUUUCAGGAGAGGCAAAAAAUAAUUUGAAAAUUAGAAAAAAUAUUAUAACUUUAUCUAUACUUAUUCUUUUGAAAUUAUGUUUAUAGCAAUUGUCUUAUAUUUAUGUGAUCUUUUAGAUUAACGAAAUCUUAAAAAGUCAGCUAUUAUAGUUUGUAAAAUAGCAUCGUGCUUAUGUAUGUUUUUCUCAAAAAGGUGUGAUAACAUUAAGCAUUAAUAAAAAACAAUAAGAACAAUUUAAGGUAAGCGACAAAACCUAAGAAAAAAAAACGUUUUCGAAAUUUAGAUUUAUGUUACUAAAAAGGACUUUCAAUCAUAUAUACUUGUAAUAAAGUCUAAUUUAUAAUAAAUUCAUCAGUUGUAAUUAAUUUAUUGCAGGGUAGUUAGAUAAAAAAAAGAGUUUAUAAGUAUGUAAAAACACUGUUAAAUAGUUUAUAAAAAGUUAAAACAUUGUCUAAGUGUAUUAUGCUGAAGUAUAGUAAAUAUUACAAUCCCAUAUGUACCUUAAUUUUAGAAAUUUAUAAAUGUAUGUUAAAUAUUAAAUGAAAUUAAUUACGUAAUUGGAAAAAAAAGAAUACAUCUAAUUAUAAACUUAUUGUAUAAAAUCAUAAAGCCUGAACCCAAAUUGUUUCCUUUUUUUAAUUUAUUUAUUUAUUUAUUUAUGGACCAUCAACACAGCUAUAUUAAUACAAACAAACUUACACAUAUGCUUACGUAUUAGGAUAUAAUAUAACUGUACUUAAAGAUGGCCUCAUCAUGCACUAAACAGUAAACAAUUUUUCUUUUUACAUAUUCUACAUACGGAAUUUACUACACAACACAAAUAUUUGCCCAAACACAGAACAAUCACGACAGUCUAUCAUGCUCUAUAAUUAUUUAAAAGGAGAGAACACUGCCUAAUAUGGUCGUAAGUUCAGAGAACCCCUUACGUACCAGACCCAUUAUUGGCAAACUAAUUUUAUUAACAAUAAUAUUAAACAGUUAAGUAUCUACUUUCCCAGUAUUCUAAAUAUUUUAUUUUUUAAAGUUGGUAUUUUAUCAUGAAAAAUAUCAAUAGUAUGAUCCUUCUUCACAAGCUCACCAAUUAAUCUACUUAACCUAGGGAUGAGUGAAUGGUGACCCAAAUUGCUACGGUACGUUUUGUGUGUCAAGAGUGAUGCCGGAUAACGUGGCAACCGCGAUGGUAUCCUAAAGCGAAACUUACUGAGGAGCAUAGGAUCAUCAAAUAUACCAUUCAAAAUCUAACACAAGAAAGUUAUAUCAAGUGUCGAACGACGAUCAGCCAGCGUCACCAUAUUGAGAGUAUUUAGGCGUUCCCUGUACGGAGCCGUUCUAUAUCUACCAUGCAGAAUUAGACGCGUAAAUCUUCUUUGGAUUGCCACUAUACGAUCUUUGUGAAUUUGAUAAUUUGGGCUCCAGAUCAUAGAACAAUACUCAAGUUUGCUUCUAACCAGCGAGUUAAAAAGAAGUUUCUUAGUGUGUUUAAUAAUGUUUUCAUAUUAAUUUUGUUAGAAAUUGGCAUUAUUAUAAUAAUUCUUAUUUGCUGUGCCCGACAGGGCCGACCAUAAUCUGAUCUGUAAAUAUUUUGAACAACUGUUGUAGGUUAUUCAGGUGGUGUCGUUAUUGAGAACAGUUUCAACUGACUCGCUUCGGAAAAACGCGUGUUGUU